GUGGUGUGUCUCUCUCUGACACUCGUACCCGGACACACGCGCGACACUCGGCGCGGCUGCGGCCCCUGGACCCGCCGAGCUGGGCCGCCCGCACCCGGGCGCACGCGGGGCCGCUCGGACGCGGCGCUUUGGGUCCCCGGCCAGCGCGGCGGGGCGGGUGUCCCCGAAACCGGCGAGAGACCGAGGCUGGGACAAACCAGAGCCCGCUUCCCGGCGCCCGGGCGGGCACGGUGCGCGCAGCGCCGCGGGGACACGGACAGACACCUGGACACCUGCCUGCCGGGGCGCGCGGCGGCUCCCCGUCGCCGCCCCGUCCUCGCCCAGCCCCGGCUCCCCCGGGCGCCCUCGCCCCACCCGACUUGAAGUUGCGCGCACUCGGGCUCCGUCUCCGGCGCGUCGUGCCCCCGGGGUGUCGCCUGCGCAGCCGGCGGGGACCGCCACCUCGCCAUGGCCGGGGCGCGCGGGCUGCUCCGUCUGUGGCUGGGCUGCUUCUGCCUGAGCCUGGCGCAGGGGGAGAGGCCGAAGCAGCAGCAGCAGCAGCAGCACCAGCAGCACCAGCAGCGGGAGCAGCAUGUCCCCGAGCGCCACGGAGCCGCGCCAGGUGACCGCGCGAGAGGUGGUGGCCCGAGCCCGGAGGAGCUCCGGCCACGGGAUGGGGCGUCGGAGCACAUGCUGCGACUCUACGACAGGUACAGCGGCGCCCAGGUGGCGCGGAGUCUGGGGCCCACGCGCGCCCGGGGGCCCGCGCAGAAGGCAACACGGUGGCGCAGCUUCCGAGGCACAGGCGACAGACAGCUACAGAGAGAUUACAUUCCAGCGGGAACCCCUGAGAGCCAGGGGCUGCUCGUUUUCAAUCUGACUUCCCUGAGCAAGUCGGAAAGCAUUCUGUCCGCCACGCUGCACCUGCCCUUCGUGGAGCUGGCCACCGCCGGCCCGAGCUGCCCGGCGUCCCCAGGGUGCCCCCAUCAGAUAGGCAUCUCCGCGUGGACCCUCACGCCCGGCAGAAACCAAAGCCGGCUCCUGGGCCACCUGUCCAUCGACCCGGCCAGGCCCCCUGGAGACGCCGCAGCCUGGCUGUCUAAAGACGUCACGCAGCUCUUAAGGAAGGCCAGGGACAACGGCCAGCUCCUCCUGGGGCUCAACGUGACCGCCGAGGGCCACCCACCUCCGAAGAGGACGUCCCUUCCUCCGGAGCCUUACAUACUGGUCUAUGCCAACGACGCUGCCAUGUCCGAGCCGGACAGCGUGGCGUCUAGCUUUUGGGCACGCCGGGAUGUUGUCACGGGGGCCUCGGCCCAGCUGGACGGCCACAUCGGAGCCACCCUGUCCCUGGAACAGAGGAGGAGGAGGAGGAGGAGGAAGCGCUCUGCGGCCGCCCUGCUGCCCCUGCAGAACAACGAGCUUCCCGGGGCGGAAUAUCACCAGUACACCAGGGACCAGGUCUGGGGCCAGAGGGAGCCUUACAAGGCCCUGCAGACCCAGCCCCCCGAGAAGGGCAGAAGCAGAAAGAAACAGAGGAAGGGCUCCCCCCAAAAGAGUUCCCAGACGCUCCAGUUCGACGAGCACACCCUGAAGAAGGCCAGGAGAAAGCAGUGGACCGAACCCCGAAAUUGCGCCAGGAGGUACCUGAAAGUGGACUUUGCGGACAUCGGCUGGAGCGAGUGGAUCAUCUCCCCCAAGUCCUUCGACGCCUACUACUGCUCCGGCGCCUGCCAGUUCCCUAUGCCCAAGUCUUUGAGGCCAUCCAACCACGCCACCAUCCAGAGCAUAGUGAGAGCGGUGGGCGUCAUCCCCCGGAUCCCUGAGCCCUGCUGUGUCCCCGAAAAGAUGUCCUCGCUCAGCAUCUUAUUCUUCGACGAAAACAAGAAUGUCGUGCUUAAAGUCUAUCCUAACAUGACAGUAGAAUCCUGUGCUUGCAGAUGACCCGGCAACCAACUCAACAGGGGUGCUCCAUUCCAUCAUUAAGUUUGUUUUCAUGGACUUUUUUUUUUAAUUUAAUUUUAUUUUUUUGCACUGCCAAUGCAUUUUGCUCCAAAAGAUUUUUUUUUUUCCUUUUUUUCUAGAGUCAGAAGAGAACGAGCAAACAGACCGAAGAUUUCUGUCGAGGAGAACUGUGUGGACCUUAUUUGCUUCUGAAUGUAACUAAAAGCAAGAUGUUUGUAAAUGUGGACAUCUAUUUUUCUCUCUCUCUCUUUUUUUUUUUCUUUAUUAAAUCACACACACAAAAAGUUGUCACUCAGACCGUGGGUAGAGCUGUCGGAGAGCACACGGAUUUAUUUUUGUGACGGUCUUUGAAAAUAGAUGGGAAAUAGACAGCAAUAGCUUAUCGUUAAUCUCUUCUCGUUUAACGGCUAAAGGGGAGUAGUCAUUGCACCUGUUUCAAGCAGGCCCGUUGCCUUAAGAUUCCCGAGUUAACCCAGCAAGUGCUAAAUAAUCCCAUCCACUUUGGUGUUUAGCUCCAAAAGCUUUUGAAACUCUUGUUUGCUUUUUUGCUUUUCCUCCGUGAGUCAUGGAGUCAUGGUGCGAGUUGUGUAGAGAGAGCGUGUGUUGAGUGUCAAAGUAUGUGCAUGUGCGUGUACAUGUGACCAGUGCCUGUCCCCUCCGUAGGAAGCUUUUAUACUUCAGUUCACACGGGUUUCUUUGUUGUCGUUGUUUUUUUUUUAUAUAUAUAUAUAAUUUCAUAUCCCGGCAACACCAUUUAAUGAUGAGAACUUCACGGAAUUCCUUUUUAAACAACUAACUCUCUGGAAUUCAAAUUAACGGACUGCCAUUGUCCAUACGAUAUUUUUAAAGUCCUUUGUUGUGAGCUAUGUAAAUAAUGCUGGACUUACAGGAAUUGGGGUUGUAGACCUUACUUCAACUGGAAAAUUGGAUCCCUCAGCUCUUUGGAAUACAAUAUUCCAGGUACAGUUUUAUAUUCGCCCGUCGUGGCUAUAUUUGUUAAGAUAGAAUUUUUUUUACCUUAAUAUUUCUGGAGAAAACUCUUACUUUUCCAUCUAAUAUUUUCCUAGGCAACCAUAUGUGAGUCAUACUAUGACCAGUCUGAUUUAUAUAUAUAAAAAAAAAUUUU